AUGCCCUACACACCGUCUGGCUUUUUCUGCGACCGGUUGAUCCGGGAACGAGAGAGGAGAGAUGGGGAAGGGUCUCUGACCAAGCCCGUUCGCUUCAACAGCCAGGACUUUAGCACCCUGAGACAGGAGACCCUUCAGAGGAAGAACCUGUUUGAGGAUGACACCUUCCCUGCUUCUGUGGAGUCUUUGGGCUUCAAGGAGCUCGGACACAAGUCCAACAAAGUCAAGAACAUCGUGUGGAAGAGGCCCAAGGAAAUCUGUGAGAACCCUCAGUUCAUUGUUGGAGGAGCCAGUAGGACAGACAUCUGCCAGGGAGAUCUUGGUGACUGCUGGUUGCUGGCUGCCAUCGCUUGUCUCACUCUGAAUGAGAAGCUUCUCUACCGAGUUGUUCCCCAGGAGCAAAGCUUCUCAGAGGGCUAUGCCGGCAUUUUCCACUUCCAGUUCUGGCGCUAUGGCGACUGGGUCGACGUCAUCAUUGACGACCGCAUCCCAACCUUCAACAACCAGCUGGUCUUCACCAAGUCUGCCGAGAGGAACGAGUUCUGGAGCGCCCUGCUGGAGAAGGCCUACGCCAAGCUUCACGGCUCCUAUGAGGCCCUGAAGGGCGGAAACACCACCGAGGCCAUGGAAGAUUUCACCGGUGGAGUCACUGAGUUCUACGAGAUGAAGGAGGCUCCCAAAGAGCUUUACAAGAUCAUGAAGAAAGCUCUGGAGCGAGGCUCCCUCAUGGGCUGCUCCAUUGAUUCUCUGGUUCCAGCUCGCUUUGAGACUCGAACUGUGACAGGACUUGUGAAGGGUCACGCCUACUCUGUGACAGCAGUGGAGGAGUGUAAAUCCUCCCAGCACAAGGAGACUAAAGUGCGUCUGGUGAGACUCAGGAACCCCUGGGGUCAGGUGGAGUGGAACGGACCCUGGAGUGACAACUCUAAGGAAUGGGCCACACUGUCCAAGGCCGAGAAAGAGAAGCUGCAGCACCAGAGUGCUGAGGAUGGAGAGUUCUGGAUGUCUUUCGAGGACUUCAAGAAGAACUACACCAAGAUCGAGAUCUGUAACCUCACCCCCAACGCCCUGGAGGACGACAAGAUCCACAAGUGGACUGUUUCUGUGAACGAGGGCCGCUGGGUGAGAGGCUGCUCUGCUGGAGGCUGCAGGAACUACCCAGACACUUUCUGGACCAACCCUCAGUACCGCCUGCGUUUGCUGGAGGAGGACGACGACCCUGAGGACAACGAGGUGGGCUGCACCUUCGUGGUGGCGCUGAUGCAAAAGAACAGGCGGAAAGAGCGCAAGAUGGGAGCCAACCUCUUCACUAUCGGAUUUGCCAUUUAUGAGGUGCCAAAGGAGAUGCACGGAAACAAGCAGCACAUGCAGAAAGACUUCUUCCUGUUCAACUCCUCCAAGGCUCGCUGCAAGUCCUACAUCAACCUGCGCGAGGUGACCCAGCGUUUCUGCCUGAGCCCCGGAGAGUACGUCAUCGUUCCUUCCACGUACGAGCCCCACCAGGAGGGAGAGUUCAUCCUGCGAGUCUUCUCUGAAAAGAGGAACACCUCAGAGGAGAUAGAGAACAGGAUCGAGGCCGAUCAUCCAGUGGUAAGUCUCCUUCCUUUCCUUUCUGAAUGUGUCUCUGAGAGAAGCUUCCUUUUCUUCUCCCUCUUGUCUCUUUAUCUCCUCCUACUUUGUGGCUCCACGUCGCCUCAGCCGGCGCCGGCCUCGGCAGGAGAAGAGAGCGAAGAGGACCAGCAGUUUAGGACCAUUUUUCAGGAGAUAGCCGGCGAAGACAUGGAAAUCACAGCCAACGAACUGAAAAACGUUCUGAAUAGAGUGAUUACUAAACAUAAGGACCUGAACACAGAGGGCUUCAGCCUGGAGAGCUGCAGGAGCAUGAUUGCUCUGAUGGACAUGGAUGGGACCGGCAGACUCAAUCUUCAGGAGUUCAGACAUCUGUGGAAUAAGAUCAAACAGUGGCAGGGAAUCUUUAAGCACUAUAACGCCGACCAGUCUGGUAGUAUCAACAGCUACGAGAUGAGGAACGCUGUCAACGAUGCAGGCUUCCGUCUCAACAACCAGCUGUACGACAUCAUCACCAUGCGCUACGCCAACGAGAACAUGAACAUCGACUUCGACAGUUUCAUCAGCUGCCUGGUUCGACUCGAAGCCAUGUUCAGGGCGUUCCAGGCCUUCGAUCAGGAUGGAGAUGGUACAAUCAGACUCAGUGUCCUGGAGUGGCUCCAGUUGACCAUGUAUGCCUAGAAAGGCCCAUCUUCUCCCAGGUGAGCUCCACUCCACACGAGGACCAGACAAGCCAGCCUUUACCUCAUUAUUCAGUGUGCCCGACCGCCGUUAGCUCUCAUCCACUUUACCUCCAGCCUUCCUUCCCUCCCUCCAUCCCUCCUUCCCUCCCUCCAUCCCUCCAUCCCAACAGCUCUUCUCUGCUUCUCAAACUUCUCUUUCAUACUUCUUCCUUCCUUCUCAGUUCCCCUCAGUCUACCUUUGUCCUCCUAUUAUCACUGAACAUUUUCAGUCUCUCCUCUCAGUCAUCAGCCUCGUUUUCACUUCUUUUUUCCCCCUUUUUUUUUUUUUUUAAAAGACACUCUUCCUGCAACAAGUGUACCGUACUUUUCUCAGGCAUCAAACACACACAACCUCUUUUUUUCUGUCACAAUACCUCACAGAGCCUCACCCAGAAACCAUAUUUCUGUACUAGGUCACUGUUCAUCUCUCUGACUUAUCUUUGCUCCUUCAACCACCCCCCACCCCCCAAGCCCCCCUCCUCUCUUAUCUUUUCCCCUCUCUGUUAUCAAACUGAGCGACGAGGGCAUUUCUUCCUGUAUUCAUCCCAGUGAACUGGGCUCUCUGGUGGACAAUGAAUACACUUGUGAAUCACUCCUUCACCUGUCACCUUUCUCAUAAUGCAACCAUAUUUCUAAAGGAUAUCACUUCCUGCUGGAGUUUUUUUUUUUUUUGUGGGCCCUCCUAGUAUCAGUCACAUUUCUCCCUACUAGUGAUGAGGCAUCUUAUGUGCUCCGGUUUCCAUGGAUAGCACUUCCUGCUGGACAAACUCAGGCUUCUUCUGUUCAUCUCAGCUCCAGCCUCCCAUCCAACCCCAAACCCCCUCCCCCCAACCCCAGACAGAAAACCCCUGACUACUGUCCAGUCUGCCAGUGUUUCAGCUCUGCAUGUCGAUGACGGAGGAGAUUCGAGAACAAAAACGGUGGAGCCGACGAAGAUUUUUCUUGACACCAACGUUCGAGGUUAAAAAAAACAAAACAAAACAUGGAUUUGAAAGAAUAUGGCUAAUGGGUUGUACUUCAGCUUUUUUGUGAUUUUUUUUUUUCCUUUUAAGGCUUUGGUCAAAUGAGUGUACUGCAUUUUUAACCAUUUUAACCAAAUAAAUAAAUAAAUGUGUUAGUUAUUGGUUUGAAUGCGUUACCAGUAGUUUUGACUUUGAAAUGUGUUUUAUUUGGACAUAGAAGCAUAUAUAAAAUAUUGAAAAAAACAGAAGACAGAAAAACUUUUUAUUAUGUUGCAACAUUUUUUUAUUUAUUAUUAUUAUUAUUAAAUUUCUUAGAUUGCACUUUCUUAAAAAAUAUCUGUUCACAACUUUGAUAUAACAACUAAAAAAAAACUUAAAAGAAACUCAGGAAUGCCAGGUAAGAGGUGAAACGCAUGCUUUCCUCUAACUUAAAAAAAACACAAGCUGGUGAGGCGGUUUUAGAAAAUGUCGACUGUGAGAACGUCGGGUUAACUCGUGCUGAGAAUAAAAUCCUCAAGAGGACAAAACAACCCGGAGUCAUAACCACACCAAGAACGCCAAAGAGAGCAUCAGCUGGGCUAUCGCACUGGUUAAAAUUUUUGAUUAUUCCUUUAAAAA